AUGCAUUUCAAAAAUUCAUCAGCCUAUUUCACGGUCGAUACUCAGAAUGGCUACGCCAAAAAUCCAAUGGUUCAAUUGCGACAUUUAACGUUGCAUAACAAUACCAGCGAAGAUGUGAAUAAUCAAAUGCUGAAUUGGAUUCAAAUAUUUAUUGCUCGAGAUUACAUGCCUGCUCUUCAAAUUUUCAAGUUGAUCACAAACAAGAAUACACAGAGUCAUACGCAACAGCCAAUCAAUAUGGAUAUAUUUAGUCGACCUGACAUUCGUAUUGAUAUUCUCUAG